AUGAGAAUCCAAGCCACCGCGGAAGCUAACUCACGCAAUGCGAGGAAUUGGGUUCCUCUGCUCGAUGAGCCUGCAUACGGGCCCAGAAACAUACGCAUUGUUUGUGUUGGGGCCGGUUUUUCAGGCCUCAUGUUAGCUUACGAAGCCAAGUACAAUGAAUCACUCCAGGGGUUUAUUGAUUUGACUAUCUAUGACAAGAACCACGACGUCGGUGGGACGUGGCUAGUUAAUCGAUAUCCUGGCGUCGCAUGUGAUGUUCCAGCGCACAUUUACACUUUUCCAUUUGAGCCAAAUCCAGAUUGGUCCAGCUUCUAUGCUUCAGGGCCAGAAAUCUGGGCUUACAUCAAGAGAACUUCAGAUAAGUAUGGUUUGGCGGAGAAUGUCAAAUUUCAGUCAAAAGUGACAGAUGCCACCUGGAAUGAGGCUUCAGGUAACUGGAAUCUGAGGAUAUUUCAAGACGGCGAGGAAAAGGAGGAUAAAUGUGAUAUAUUGAUCGACGGAUCAGGGUUUCUCAAUAACUGGCAUUGGCCUGAUAUUCCUGGUCUUCAAGACUUCAAAGGGGAAAUAGUCCACACAGCUGAUUGGAACCCUUCUAUCAAUGUGGAAGGCAAAAGGGUUGCAGUCAUCGGAAACGGAUCAUCUGGUGUCCAAGUCCUUCCGCAUUUGCAAAAAGCCGCUGCUCAACUGACAACCUAUGUUCGCACUCCAACGUGGAUAUUCGCCAACUACGCCUCGGAGCUCACAAAAGACGGGACGAACUUCGCUUUUACCGAGGAGGAAAAGAAGAAGUUUCGGGAAAAUCCAGCCUCGCUGUGGAAGUUUCGUAAAGAAAUUGAGAACAGCCAAGACAACUUUUGGAACGUCUUCUUCAAAGACACAGCCGCUCAAAAAGCCGCUCUCGAGAAUGCAUACAACCGUAUGCGAGAACGUCUCGGCAACGACAAAGAGCUGUGCGAGAAGUUAAUUCCAGAUUACGAAUACGGAUGUCGACGUCCAACACCAGGCGAUGGCUACCUUGAAGCUCUGCGUCAUGAGAACACGCGUGUCACUUUUGAUCCAAUCGUUCAGAUCACCGAGUCGGGGAUUCAAACUACACAGGACUAUACUGACUUUGACAUUAUUGUGUGCGCAACCGGGUUUGAUGCUAGUUUCCGCCGCUCGUGGACAGUGCAGGGGCGGAAUGGCUAUCAGCUCCAUGAAGCGUGGGGUGAAUCGCCAGAAGCGUACUUUGGGGUUGCAGCGACGAAUAUGCCGAAUUACUUUAUCUUCAUUGGACCGAAUAGUCCAGUGGGCCAUGGAUCGCUUCUAGACAGCGUGUUUUGUGUCGCCAAAUGGAUAUUGAAGUGGUGUAGGAAGAUUGCAACCGAAGAUAUCAAGUCAGUUUGUGUGAAACAGCAGGCGCUGGAUGAUUACAACGUCUACCUGCAAGAACUUCUCAAGCGAAUGGUGUGGACUGGGUCAUGUCGAAGCUGGUACAAGAACCCGCUGACUAACUUUGACGACUACACUAUGAAUUCCACCAAUACUACUUCGCCUGUACCCACCCUCAAGCUCAACGAUGGAAACGAGAUCCCAAUGAUAGCGUACGGUCUGGGAACUGCAAACUUCAAGAAGGGUGGGAGAACCGAUUAUGAUGAGAACGCGUUCAACUAUACGUUGACUGCUAUAAACAGUGGCUUUUAUCACCUCGACGGUGCUUCAGCGUACGGAAACGAGGAAGAGCUCGGUGCCGCUAUCAGAGCAUCCGGCGUACCUCGGGAAAAGCUGUAUGUUGUCACCAAGCUGAACGGCUGGAAGAAACAAGACGUACAGAGCGCUUUCGACACCUCGUUGAAGAAACUUGGGCUUGAUUACGUGGACUUGUAUCUAAUCCAUGCACCGUUCUUCGCGGAGACGCCUCAAGAUUUGCAAGAAGCUUGGGCUACUCUUGAGUCUAUCAAAGAGUCUGGGAAGGCUAAGUCAAUUGGCGUUUCCAACUUUAUACAAGAGCACCUCGAGACCAUUCUCGCCACAGCCAAAAUCCCACCAGCAAUUAACCAAAUUGAGUAUCACCCCUAUCUACAGCAUGGUAAUCUCAUAGAGUACCAUCGCAAGAACAACAUGGCUCUGUCGGCAUAUGCGCCGUUGACAGCUAUCAUACGCGCCAGGCCAGGUCCUGUAGAUGUUCUAUACGGAAAUCUGGCGAAGAAGUAUGGUGUUACUGAGGGGAAUAUUGCGUUGCGCUGGUGCAUUGAUCAGAAUAUUGUGGUGAUCACGACGAGUUCGAGUGAGGAGAGGCUGAGAGGUUAUAUGACGAAUGUGUGGAGUUUUAAGUUGACGGCCGAGGAGGUUGAGGGUAUUGCGAUGAUGGGGAAGCAGAAGCAUUUCAGGGCAUUUCAGAAACAGUGGAUUGCAGAAGGGGACUGGCGAUAG